CUAAGAGGACGCUACGUGUUUUGUUUCGCAUAAUGGGGGCUGGUUAGAUUGUAAUUUUCUGCCUUUUUGUGAGGUUUUUACAUCCCAAUCCACGAUGGAGCGACAGAAACGAUACGAAGUGGCUCUUUUAAUUAUAUACUUGGUUGCUGCACUGGUGGUGGGUACUAAUGCAGAAGGAGAUUCUUGUCGAAUGGAGCAGCGAUAUCCUGGCGAAAUGGUCAAUAUCGCACAGGCCAAGGAAAACGCCAAGCAAGAUAACGGAAUUGUUACUGUCCCUAAGGGAUCUACCGUGAACUCUUCCUUACAGUGUGAACAAGGUUGCUGCAGUUAUGAUAACUGCACAGUUUACCUGUUUUACCCUCGACCACCAACACUUGGCGAGGACAAAAAAUUUAACUGUUUCUACCUCAACUGUCGGCCUCAAGAGUUGUGCUCUAAGGCCUUUGUUAACGUGAGCGAUAAAGCGGAGGGAUCUGUGGUUGGGAUCCGAGAUCUGCAACAAGAUAAUGCAGUUAUACUUCAAGCAGAUGGAAAAGCACUAAAAGAUGUGUCCACAGAAAAACCAGCUUCUGAAGUGAUAAGUGCACCUACUGAUCAGUCACAUGCUGAUGUUUCAUCUGUAAAGACAUCUGUAACUCCUCUUCCAAAGACCACAGCUUAUAGUACUGAAAUGAAGGAAACAUUCAAUGUAACAAUGAAAGUUGGAAUUGAAGCGUCAGGAACAUCCCUUCCAAAGAAAUUGGAAAGAGAAUUGUAUGGUGACAAUCACACCACAUAUCCAUCCCUGGUUAUAGCUCUUGGAUUUGGUCUUUUGUUCCUUUGUGCUGCUGUUGUUUUGAUCGGUCGUCCCUGGUGGUUUGCAUUCCACAGACCAAGAUAUUCCAAGGUGGAUUAUCUAAUGAAUGGACUCUGAAGCUCCCAUGUAAUUGUUAUGUAAAUAUUGUGAUCCACUUUGCCUGUGGCUGUUCAGUAGUAAAAGUCAGGGUGACAUUAGACAAAAGUGUUGAAAUAAAAUACAAGGGAAUGCCUCUGUAUUGUUCUUGCCAUACUUUGAUGUCUCCUUUUGAUUAAUACCGAGGAGGGGUACAGCAAAAUGGAGUAUAAUUUUUUGAGAUGUAUUAAUAGAGAGGGCAAGGUUUUGGCAAUGAUGACAUCAUUAAUGAGUUGUCUUUGGAAACGCGUUUAUCAUAGGGAUGAGAACUUAUAAAAAUGUGUGAAUUUGGAUAGUUUAGAUUAUUAUAUAAAGAGUAAUAUUUUGUGAGAUAUUGGACGACCAUUCUCAACUUGUCACAACAAUCUGCUAUUUUUUUUAACAGGUAAUGUUGUGGUGGGGUGAUAUAGAAUGCAUGUAUAUAUAGCUGUACCAGCUAUUAAAACCAGCCAUUUUAUGAAAGCCAUUCAUAUUUAUCAAAGAAAAGAGCAUCCUAAUUAUCAUAGUACUAAGUAUACUUAUUUACUUUAUGUCUAAGCUGUUAAAAAAUGCAUGUAUGGAAGGUUUGGCAAUGGUGAGAUAAUUUUUUAACAAAUUCAUGUAACCAAAGUCCUUAUCAAAACUUGUCAUCAUUGUCAUUUAUUGUUGAUGUUGCUUUGAUGAAAUAUAUGUCUCUUAAAUCUAGGCCAUUUAGAGACAUCAGGGUAAAUUUCUUAGGAGUGCAAUGCUGUUUCUAGUUUUCUUCCUAGAGAUAUACAAGUUGUGAACAUACACAAACUAGAGAUUUGUUGAUGUCAUACACUCAAUCAAAUUUUUCUGUGAAAAUGAAGUACACAUCUGAACUAAUUUAUAACUGUAGGAUUUUACAAUCAGAACAACCGUUUGUGUCACUAGUGAGUAUAUUGGAGGAUGAAAUUUUGAUUGUAGUAGCUUUACAAGUCCUAAAUGGACUAUUUGAAUAGGGUAAUUAGACAGUUUCAAUUUUUAUUGGAAGUCUUCAUUCUUGAUUUUCUUUAUGUGGGAGGUGAUUAAGCUUGUCUUAUAAACCAUAGACAAAAGAGGAAAACAACUUUUUGAUUUUGUUAAGGAUUUGAUUUUAGUAUUGAGUGGCACUAGUGUGUAUACCUUAAAAUCUUUUGUUGCAGUCACUGUGAUAGGUAUUACAUCAGGGGUUACAUAUAUCUAAAAAUUACAUAUUACUUACUAUAAUUGUUGGCUUACUUAUUGCAACCAUGAAAUGGGAAAAGGUAUGGAGGCUUAGACAUUUAUAUUAAGGUUGAUUCAAUCAUUUUCCUCAGUAAAACAUGUGGGACUUAAAAAUGCUGAUUAAAAAUGCUGAUUAAUAAUGCAUCCAUUUGAUUCCCCAAACAGUGAGGAUGAAAGGUAAAUCCUAAACUUUGGGUAAAAGUGACAUUACUAUGUUGUGAGGCAAGAGCAGUUCUAAGUUGGUAAAUUUGCUUAAGGUGAUAUUAAUAAAGUUAUGUUCUCAUAAAAGCAGCUACCUUCAGCACACUUCCAAUUGAUAAACACAUUUAUGUUGCUUUGGA